AUGGCAGCUACUACACCUUCCAAUGAAACAAAUGAUGCUCCAACUGCAGAUGGUGAUGAGACUAGUAGAAGUGAUUGGCCUUCACAAUUGUUUAGGGAUCAUGUUAUUAUUAGACUUGAGCCAGAGCUGGCAAGAAACCGUCAAAACGCUCCUAAUCUUCCGGUCCCAGGCGAUGCUCGUCAAGUAGAAGAAUAUGUUUUUCAAAAAUGUUCAAGUAAAGAUGAAUAUAUGAGAACUAUUGCUAAGGUUAUAAACGCCAUAAAUUGCAAUUCAAAAAGCACAGCUAUGCCGCCAGGUUUUCAAGCACAGCAGCAACAAGGAGGAAUUGUUAAAUCACCAAAUUCUUUAUUAACUCAACUUGGAAAUGGUGGAGGAGGAUUGGGAGGCAGUGUAACACCAACAACAAAGGCACAGAUUCCGCCUGAUCCACAACCUACGCAUCAACAACAACCUCAUGGCCGAUUUCCUUUGCAACAACAACCUUCUAAUACAUCAAUAGACCAACAGACUUCAUUCCAAAUGGGACAACCUCCACCAAUAAUGAUGCAACAACAAUUUCCUCCUUCUGAUCAAAUUGAUGGUGUUGCUCCAGAUCCGUUAAUGCAAAAUUCAAAUUCUUCAAUGGGAGUAAUGGAUUAUGGAAGAAUUCAGCAACACCAACCAGGGACAACAUUUACUCCACAACAAUAUCAGCAACAAGGUAAAUAUUUUUUUUAAAAUAGGGUGUUGAUCCCCGACAUAAUCCAUGCUCCAAAAAGUUCUCCCUGACAUCCAAGCUUCACGGACAUCACCGUUCCUCGGAAAAGUUCUCCCCGAUGGCCCGGGACCCAACCUUAGGUUAACAUUUUUAAAAUUUUUUUUGUAAAAUUCUAGAAUAGAAUGGUCCCCGAUGCCCGACAGUUCCUUUUUUUCCCGACAUUUUCGUUCCCGGACAUCCCCAUUCCCCGUAACUGUUCUCCUUGACAAGGAC